CUUGAUGGAUGCUAUUUAGUCAUGCCCUUCCCCAGGACCAAACUCUGCCACUUUGUUCGGUUCUGCCCCCCUUUUGCUCGCCUUGCCUCUUGGUUCCACCAUUCUUCACUCCCCUCCUCACUUGCACCAACACUGAUAAGCAGUCUCACUUUCCUGUGACCUCUCUCCAUUCUCCUCACUCCCCAGCCAUGGCGGCUGCUGAAGAAGGCGCACAGCCACUCAUGUAUCAGACUGUGGCUCUGAAGGUCAGCAUCCACUGUGAGGGCUGCAAGAAGAAGGUCAAGAAGGUGCUCCACACCAUAGAAGGUGUGUACAAGACGGACAUAGACACCCAGCAGCACAAGGUAGUGGUCGUUGGCAAUGUCUCCGUCGACGCGCUCGUCAAGAAGCUCAUCAAGACCGGCAAGCACGCCGAGCCGUGGCCGGAGCCCCUUCCUCCUCUCUCUGACGCUAACCCGACUGCCAGCGGAGGCGGCGGUGACGGCGGCGGCGGUGGUGGCGGUGGCGGCAAGAAGAAGAAGAAAAAAAAGAACAAAAACAAGACCGCCGAGCCGGCGGCGCCGGGUGCCCCGACGGCGGAAGGCGCCGGAGGCUCUGUUCCCCCGGAGAAUCACGACCACGCGGGCACGUGCGAUGAGGCGUCCGGCGACGAGCAGCCUCAUCAGGUUGAAGGCGGCGGUGGUGGAGGCGGCGACCCACCGAAGAACCCGGGUGCCGGAGACCCGCACGACGGACGGGCCGGCAUGGUCGCCCCUUUCGCCAUGACGCCGCAAGGCAUGCAGCCUAUGGCACCCAGCGCCAAUGCCUCCGGUGGCGGCGGUGGCGGCAAGAAGAAAAAGAAAGGCAAGGGAGGCAAUAACGGCAAUGCCAAUGCCAACGGCGGAGACGGCGCCGGUGCAACAGCGCACAUGAGCCCACACGACGCGCCCGCGAAUCCCGCCACAGGAAACGCCAGUCAGAACGCCCCCGCCGUCGUCGAUGCCGGGGCCUACCCGCCCGCCACGGCGAUGAGCUACCCGGGCUACUACGGCGGCGGCGCCGGCGCAGGGCACAUGCCGUACGCCAUGAGCUACAGCACCUCGCACCCGCACCGGAGCAGCGCGUACUACCACCCCAUGGCCGGCGCGGCCUACACGGGCGGCGCGGGGUACUACUACUCAACGGCACCGGUGUCGGCGGCGCCGGGGUCGUAUUACAUGUUCAGCGAGGAGAAUGCCAACGCAUGCAGCGUCAUGUGAGAUUGUUUGUGUUAUUUAAUCGAGGUUAGAUGAUUAAUUAACUGGUCCUUUGCUAGUAUUUAGACUAGCGAUGGGAGUAACUUCAGCAGUAACUUCAAGUCCAACUCAGCAAAUUUGUCUAUGUGGCAAUAAGUUAAUGAAGAGAGAGGUAGUUCUAGUAACUUAGCUAGUUACUAUAACAUCACAUAUAUCAAGGCAAGAUGAGUCUAUAACAUAAUAAAUGAAGUGUUUGCAUGUUACUACACAUAUGUUAUUUCCCACUAUAGAGGUAGUAACAUAGAGUAGUAACUAAUGUUACUACUCUAUGUUACUACCCAUUGUGGCUAGUCUUAAGCAACUUUAGCUAGUGUUAGUAUGGUCAUCUUGCUGUUGCAAGCUGCAACAUUCUUGGAGCUUGCUUGUGUUGCAACCUAUUCAUGGCAUGACAAUUGGCUGUGUCAACCAAA